CGGAGGGAGUGAGUCACCUGACCGCCGCCCUCCCGCCCGCCCUCCCGCUCGCUCUCUUCCAGCCGCCGCCGUCAGUCGGGCCGCGCCACCGCGCCGGGGCUCUGGUUGCUGAGGACUAGAAGCAUGCUUUCCACUGCACUUCCCGACGCCACUUCCCGUGCAGGAUGUCUCUGAGUGAGAGCGCAGUGUUUGCCUAUGAAUCUUCAGUGCACAGCACCAACAUCUUGCUCAGCCUCAAUGAGCAGCGGAAGAAGGAUGUGCUGUGCGACGUCACCGUCUUGGUGGAGGGCCAGCGCUUCCGGGCCCACCGCUCGGUGCUGGCUGCGUGCAGCAGUUACUUCCACUCCAGAAUCAUAGGCCAGUCUGACUCGGAGCUUAGCAUUACUCUGCCAGAAGAGGUGACAGUUAAAGGAUUUGAACCUUUAAUUCAGUUUGCCUAUACUGCUAAACUAAUUUUAAGUAAAGACAAUGUGGAUGAAGUGUGCAAAUGUGUGGAAUUUUUAAAUGUACACAAUAUUGAGGAAUCCUGCUUUCAGUUUCUCAAAUACAAAUUUUUAGACUCCACUGUAAACCAGCAAGAAUGCCCAAGAAAAAAGUGCUUUCCAUCACAUUGUCAGAAAACAGACCUUAAAAUUUCACUUUCAGACCAGAAGGAUCUAGAAAUCGAUGAAGUAGAGGAAUUUCUGGAGGAUAGAAAUGUUCAGACUUCUCACUGUAAACUCCAAAGGGAUCAAGAAAAUGUAAAAACACCACCUCCCCUACAAGACAGUGCCAGCCAAACAUACGAAUCCAUGUGCAUGGAAAAAAACGCUACUCUGGCUUUGCCGUCUUUAUGCCCCAAAUACAGAAAAUUCCAGAAGGCAUUUGGAACUGACCGAGUCCGCACAGUGGAAUCCAGCGUCAAAGACGUUCAAGCUGCUCCUGCCCCGCCAAAUGAGACAUCUGAAAACGAUUGUCUAACGGGAGUCCAGGAUUGUGCAGAUUUACAGGUGAUUUUAAAAUGUGAAGAAAGCAAGUUAGCAGUGGAACAUGAGGCAGCCAAGAAGAAAGAGCCUGCUUCUCAGGUCCUAACAGAGAGAGCAGAAGUGACUCCUUUCCCUCAUGGCUCUACAGACCCUCAUGGGCUCUACUCUCUAUCUCUUUUACACAUGUAUGACCAAUACAGUGACUUGAAUUUUGCUGCUACGCAAGGCACAGCAGUGAAAGCAGAAAAGCCUUUGUCAGGUACAGGUGCUCCAGAAGAGAAAACGUUUAGUGAAAGUCAAAAUUUACACUUGAAAGAUGCUUCAGGCCCCAAGGAAGACAGCAGCCUGGCAUCCAGCGGUCGGAGCAGCGUGGAGCGAGAAGUAGCGGAGCACCUAGCCAAAGGCUUCUGGAGUGACGUGUGCAGCACGGACGCUCCUUGCCAAAUGAAGUUGUCACCUGCUGUGGCCAAAGACGGCUCACAACAGAACUACUCUCAGAAACGGUCUGAGUGUCCCUGGUUAGGUAUCAGAAUCAGCGAGAGCCCAGAACCAGGGCAGAGGACUUUUACAACACUGAGUUCUGUCAACUGUCCUUUUAUGAGUACUCUGAGUACAGAAGGGUGUUCAAGCAAUUUGGAAAUUGGAAACGACAGUUACGUUUCAGAACAGCAGGAACCUUGUCCGUAUGCCUGUGUGAUUAGCUUGGGCGAUGACUCUGAGACAGACACAGAAGGCGACAGUGAAUCCUGCUCAGCCAGAGAACAGGAAUGCGAGGUGAAACUGCCCUUUAAUGCACAAUAUAUAAUUUCACUGUCUCGAAACGAUUUUCAAUCCUUGGUAAAAAUGCACAAACUGACCCCUGAACAACUGGAUUGUAUCCAUGAUAUUCGCAGAAGAAAUAAAAACAGAAUUGCUGCACAGCGGUGCCGAAAGAGAAAACUUGACUGCAUACAGAAUCUCGAAUCAGAAAUUGAGAAGCUGCAAAAUGAAAAGGAGAACUUGCUGAAGGAAAGAGACCACAUUCUGUCCACACUGGGGGAGACAAAGCAGAACCUGACUGGCCUGUGCCAGCAGGUCUGCGAAGAGGCAGCCCUGAGUCAGGAGCAAAUACAGAUCCUGGCCAAGUACUCAGCCGCCGACUGCCCACUUUCCUUUCUAAUCUCUGAAAAAGGCAAAGGCGCUUCUGACGGCGAGCUCCUGUUGCAGUCCAUCUUCAGUUUAUCUGAUUGGCCCCCGGCUGCGCAGCCCCCAGGCGGGAGAGGAGGCGGCGGAGCGCCCGGCUGCGCUGUGGGGUCCGAGGCUUCCACGGCCUCGGCUUCCACGGUCUUGGAGGCCACGGGACCCGCGGAGCAGGGUCGCCAGGGUGGAGGGAUCACCGAUUUCUGUCAGCAGAUGACUGAUAAAUGUACUACUGAUGAAUGAAGCUGCCCUCCCCUCCUUCAGCCCCUUGGGUUUCCUACUGAAGUCCUGGCAUUGUCUUGAAACCCAGUACAGUCAUCUCUGCUCUAACAGCUUGUUCUCCUUCAUAGCUUUCCAUUCAGGGCAUCUCGCCCAAGUCAGUCCCCGAUAUCCACAAAAGACACAAAUGAUUUGCUCCUGGGUUGACCUUUUGAGGUGUACUGGAUUAAAAAGCAGUGCUAAUAGAGACCUGGUCUAUUCAGAAAUAGGGAGUCUGCAGUGGCGGGGAGAGCUGCAGCAUGAAAAGAAACCAUCUUACCGGAACCCUGGCAGAUGUGGGUUGGGCUUCACUGUGGUUCCUCAGCUGUGCUCAACAGGCAGGUGGCUGCCUAAGGUGGGGGCUUUUGUCCUCAGUAUUGACUAGGUUUCUGGCUGCACAGACAGCACAUAAAUGUCAGUAACGCACCACCACCCAUCCCUUACCUCCCACCCCCGUCAGUCUCUGUCAUUUUGGGCCCAGCAUGAUCUUUCUGUUUGCUUGCAUUCUUGGAAGAAGUCACAGGACUCGGAUGCAGUGCUGAGUCAGUGAGCGGGCAGCGUUGUCUUUCGUGGUCAGCAUACAGGGCUCUUCACUUUGGCACCGUUGCGUCCCCAGAGCCAGAAAAGCAGACAUUAAUGGCACAGACAAUUGCCCGCAUUUCCAGGAGCACUGUUCAUUUUUUGUCCUGUCUUUAAAGCCGUAUGGUAUACUUGUGAAUACCAUUAUUACAGAAAAAAUGUCUACUAAAACUGUAGGUUUGUAAGAAAAGGUGAAACUUGAUUUUGUGCCAUUUGGGAACCAGAUUUUAAUCCUUUCUUUUACAUAUUUAGUGUGGUAUAAAGGCACAAAAGUCAUUUUAACGUGGGCAUUUAAAAAUCAUUCUUUGUAUUUAUUUGAUCCUGUUAUAAAAUGUGUAGUUUAAAGACCUGCCCCAAUAUUUCAUAACGAUUCUUAGCCAAUUUGGAAUUAUAGACCUGAGAUUAAGAUAAAAGCUUUAGACUUACGCAGUUAAACAAAACAGAAAUUACAUACAGGUUCAGCAUCCCUAAUCAGGAAGUCUGAAAUUCUUCAAAAUCUGAAACUUUUGGACUCUGACGUGAUGUUCCAAGUAGAAAAUUCCACACCUGACCUCAGGUGACAAGUUAAAACACAAACUGUUCUUUAAAAUUACUUUAGGCUGUGUGUGUAAGGUACAUAGAAACCUAGAUGAAUUUCAUGUUUAAGUUUGGGAUCAGUCGUCAUGAUAUCUCAUUAUACGUAUAGAAAAUAUUCAAAUCUGAAAAAUCUGAAAUCUGGUCUCAAGCCUUUCAGAUAAAGGACACUUAACCUGCAUUUGUAGAAACAAGUAGAACCCAGUUUUUGAGGGGACAGAGGGGUAGUUUAUAGUAUUGAGAAUGGAAAGUACUUAGUUUCAUUAAGUCAGACACCUGGAGAGGUCCUCCUCUAGAGUGCUGCUGAGUAACUGCCGGGGGUUUAGCUCAGCGGCAAAGGUGGCUGCCUGGCAAGCGCAAGGUCUUGAGUUUGGUCCCGGUACCAAAAAAAAAGCUGAGUGACUGAAGGGGGGAAAGACCCGCCCAGUGUGUACAAAUGAGUCCGAAAGCAAAUAGACUUCUGCCUUGAGAGUACGUGGGGACCAGUUUCAAUGUUCCAGAGUGAUUCAUCAGACAUUAGGGUGGGAGUGGAUAUUGCUAAUACAUUUUCAGUGUUUAUAUGUUAUUUCUGUUAUUGACUUAAUCAGGAGAGAGAAUCGGUAUUAUUUUCUAGAGGCUUCCAUAAAUACUUUUGAUUUGUCAGGGAGAAUGAUCAUUUUGUGAGAAUGCAUCCCAUACUACAAAAUAAUUAUGUGUACCUGUAUAUCUCCCCAUGUAGCUGUUUCCUUGAUACUUGUCAUUUUAAAUUUCUGCUUCACAAUAUAAAAUAAUAUAAAGACUUCUGGUUUACAAAGUGUAAAAUCUUAUUCAAGCCAAUGAAAUCCUUGAUUUCCUACCUCAGUGUACACUCAGCUGUCAGGCAUCAGUGUGUGUAUGUGCAAAUGUCAAGUAAUUGUCUGUGCUUUAAUUGAAACUGUAAAUAUUUGCUUUUAAAAUUUAUUAUUUUAUGCUAAAACCUAGUUGUUUCCACAGUUCAAAUAUGAUUUUUAAAGCACCUAUUUUAUAUUUCCCUCUACGUAUAAACAGUUUAGCAUUAAGGGUUAUUUUAGUGGUAUGUGAUAAUUGGCCACAUGUAAUAUUUCUUAAAUUUUAGCAUUACUUUUAAUAGCCAGCAUGUAAUAUAAGUAUAACUACACUACCUCAUACCUACAUGAUUUUCAAGUUGUAAUAUAGAUAGACAAAAAAGAUUUUAUCUUUGUCUUUUGGCCAUAAGGUGGGGAAGUUUUCUAUAUAUUGCAUAGCAUUACACAUUUAUGCCUAUUUUAACAUUAACUUCUAAAGAAGUUUUUUCUAAGACAGUUUGUUUCAAGGCAAUAUUUUUUUUGAGACUGCUGAAAACAAAUAAUAGGAUUAUGUAUAUACAGUGUAUGCCUUUUCCUUCAUGCAGAAUUUGGAAUUGUUUUCAGUUUGUGUUGCAUAUGGACAUGAUUAUUGUUCCUGUUUAUGAACUGGCCUUCUAAGUGCUUGAUCAAGAUUUUUAAAAAGGUGUUACGUAAAAUAACAUUACCAUAAAAUUUGCUCCUUAUUUGACUCCUACAGUGAUAGUAAUUUGUUAAAUUGUUCUAUUUAAAACAAAUGUGAAUAUAAUAUUGGUUCUCCAUCUGUAAGUUUUUGAUUUACUAUAGCUCAAUGCUUAACCUGAUUUAAAUGAGUAAUUAAAUGUAGUUGAUACAGUAGGUGAUACAGAUUACUUGUGGACACUCAGCCACAUUCACAACUUGGAAAAUAAAGACAAGGCAAAUGUUACCAUGAAUUCUCAGGUGAACUUUUUUCAGUUAUAAAACAUCUAUUUUGAAUUUGUAAAUAUUUUAAAUGUUUUAUUAAGGCAUGUAAUAAACUAUUCUUUGAGACCUGUUGGGUAGAAUGAAAAUUUAAAGCCAUAAUGGUAAAAGAUGGCAUACUGAUUGUAAAAAUAAAUAAUAGCAUUAUUGAUUUUUUUUGUAUCUUUCAUAAUAUAAUUUUCUAACAAUACAAUAAAACCACUAAACUUGUAUAUCCAUGUCUUAUUAAAACCGUUUCAUUAAAAGUA